GGGAUAGGUAGCAGGGACAGAUUUCUUACCGCUUACGCUGAUCUCACCAGGAAGAGCUCUGUCAGUCUCUCCUCUUCAGUCAGAGAGAGAGAGGGAGAGUAGGCUGUGUUCCAUGAUUGGCAGGCAGACGACCAUGGGACAGCGGAGUGUUAUUUAGGGUCUGUAGUAGACUAUUUGUGUUGGACUAAACUGCGAGCUUACUGCGCUGUCACUGACACAGAGAUGGAUAGAGAGCAUUUUCUGUGUGCCAUGGCUGGCAAGCUGACGACUGCGGGACAUCGGAGCAUUUAUACAAGGAGCCUAUCUGAGUGUGUCUGAACUGUGACCUCUUGUCAUCAUCAUGAAGGACCCGUGCCGAGUUUGCGGCGUGCGCCUCAUUGGCAGCCAGUGCCGCUGGAUCUUCAACCCGUUGGGCAAGCGGCAGCUCCAGGUCAUCCUGUCCCACGUGCUGGGGCGCCAGGUCGACCGCGACCCUGACGGCCAGGCCUCAGAGUUCCUGUGCGGCAAGUGUGUGUUCACACUGGAGCGCGUGGUGCAGUGCGAUGUGCAGAUAGGCAGGCUGCAGGAGGAGCACGCCACUCUGGUGCAGCAGCUGCAGCAGGAGAGGGAGCACCUGAAGGAGUGUGUGGCCCACGUCUACGGACGCCAUAACCCCUUGCCUAAGAGGCCCGAUGUGGGGGAAGAGAACAAUGUUAAGGUCCCCCUCUGGAGGUCCUCUGAAGGUGGGGGAAGCCCAGAGGAUUACGGGGGAGGGCAGUGUACGUCAGAGGGGCAGACCAAGGAAGGCGCGGGGGAGGGGGAUGGUCGGGGGAGGCGCUCUGUGAGUAUGGACCUCCUGGGUGGACCGAGUGGUCCAGGGGGGGUCACAGGUCGGUCAAGCUCAGUCCCCAGGAGGGUGCAAGCAGGGACAGAUCUUUGCCAGGUGAAGAACCCCUGGAUACAGUCAUCACGGCUCCGCUCCAGGAGCCUGAUCUACCUGGACCUGGUCUACCGCAAGGGUACUCUCGCCUCUCCCGGCCCCAGGCUCCGCUCAGCCUCGCUCCAGUCCCUCAACCUUGACCGCCCUCAACAAACAGAACCCCUGUGCCCCCUGCCACAGAGACAGCACAGAGAGUCGAAGAUACCAUUGAGGGAGCGUUCGCCCUCAGUUGGCCCAGCUACCAGCACUACCACUCCCCAGAGAGCCCAGCCUUCCAUCAUCUCUGACCUGCUGCAGCUGCUGCGCUCCAUCCCCAGACCACCAGUGCCAGGUGCCCCCGGAAGCCGCAUCCCCAUACUGCGCGGGAGGCCCAGCGACGGACAGCCGCUCCCCCCAAGACGCACCCUCACCCCUUGGGCCUGGCACAGACUGAGGGAGGCAGAGUGGAGGUCCCUCCAGCACCUCACUGAGGAGUUUAAUGAUGAUUACAUGCCGCUCAGAGUCGAGGGUUUCACUGAGCAUCAGAGUGAAGUGAGCAGACUGAAGACAGCCCACAGGCAGCUGAGUGAGGAGAUGAACCAGUUCAGAGCAACCAACCAGAACCUCUCCAAGACCCUGGAGGACACCCAGAACAACAACAAGGUGCUGUCUGGUAAACUGGAGGACACUGAGAACGAGCUCACCUCUGAGAAAAAGAACACUCUGAAACAAGACAAAACCAUCCAGGGACUCACUCUGCUGCUCAAGGAGAAAGAAAAAGAGAUUGAAGAGCUAUACCAUGAGAUUGAGGACAGGGACGAGGUUUUAGUCAAAGCCAGGGAGACGGCGCACAAAGCCCAGCUCCACAAAUACCAGGGUGUGGAGGAGCACCAGAACCUUUUGAUGGAGAAGCAGGAGGAGCUGGCCCAGCUCCAAGGGGAGCACCAAACCAAGCUGCUGGAGGCCCAGAAGCUGCAGCGCUCCCUGGGCAGGCAGAAGCAGGAGCUGUCCGACCUGCAGCAGGCCAAGGAGCAGCUGGACCAGGAGCUGUCAGACCUGCAGCAGGCCAAGGAGCAGCUGGACCAGGAGCUGUCCGACCUGCAGCAGGCCAAGGAGCAGCUGGACCAGGAGCUGGAGGAGUUGCAGCAGCAGAAGGUCGACAAGGCCCUCAAUGAGGUGCAGAACCAGCUGAAGAAACUGACCGUGGAGCUGGGUGAGAGGGAGAGCAGCCUGAAGCAGCAGUACCAGGAGCUGCUGGAGCAGACCAAGAGGAGGCUGCAGGGCCAUGAGGUCACCAUCCAGCGCCUCACCACUUGCCUGACCGACAAGGAGCAGCAGCUGCAGGAGUACAUGAACAUAACGAGAGACAUGGAACAGAGCAGAAGUCCUGGGGGAAGCGACACCAUGCUGUCGAAGCUUAGAGAACAACUGAAACAGAAAGAGAAGGCUCUGGAGGAAGCGCUGGAUGAUAAGUUUGCGGCUCUAGAAGAGAAAGACAACGAGAUCCACCAGCUGCACCUGUCACUCAGGGAGAAGACGAGGGACCUGGAGAGACUCAACAAACUGCUGUCUUACAACGAGGACACCAUCAAUAGUUUUGACACGUUGAUAAAGGAGAAGGACGUGGAGCUACAGUACCUUGUGAACAUGCUGAAAAAUCUGCAGCAGGCCAAGCAGGACGUGGAGGACAACCUGAACUGGGCCUGCAAGGAGAAGGAUGCCAUCAUUAGCCAGCUGCAGCUCUGCCUGGAGUGCAAGACCAAGGACAUGGAGGAGAUGGCGAAUGCCUUGCUUAGUCAGUCCCAGUCUCAGGCCUGUGAUCUUGCAGAGCAGAUGGGUCAGAGGUUAAAGGUGACAGAGGCCAUGCUGGCGGAGGCAGUCAAGGCCCGGGAGAGGCUGGUGGAGAACAACAAGAGCACCGUGGAGGGUCUGCUGUCCACCAUCAGCAGCAACGACCAGCUGCUCAAUGAGUCAGCGGAGCACUAUAACCGCACACUGUCUGAGCGCACCCAGGAGAUCCAGGAGCUGAAGCGACAGCUGUUUGUCCGGCAGCAGCAGCUGGCCUUGGCAGAGAAACAGAGUUCUGAGGCAACACAGGAGGGUUACCUGGAGACUGCCGAGCUCAGGGCCCUGCUGACGGAGAAGGACUCCAUCAUCAACAAACUUCUGGAGCGUGGGCAGGAGAGAGACCAGUUCCUGGCUGAGUUAGGGCAGAAGGAGCCUGCACCGUCCCAGGUGAUGGAGAUCAGACCAACCAUCAAAGUUCUGCAGGAGAAGCUGGAGGAGAGGGAAGCGCAGCUCUCCAAGAAGAACAACGAGGACAACAUGGAGAAGGUCCCUCUCACCAAGAAUACUCUGGUCAUCCUGAAGAAGGAGCUAGCUCAGAAGACUGAUGCUCUCAACAAGGCUCUGAAGAGGGAGAAUGACCUAAAAGUGAACUAAAAGAACACACCCCUGCUCAUUCAAGAUGUCCCUAGCUGACCCCGAGUCAGUGUUGUCAGAGCUGAAGGAGCGUAUAUCGAGGUCCAGGCGGUCAGUAUAGACUCCCUCACCACCACCCUUGGGACCAAAGACAAGAUUAUAAAUGAGUGGACGGCCAGUGGCAUCUUCACUGCUACUAAUCAACACACAUUCAAACAGGCUCCUUAGGUUAUCUGGUGCCAUUCGGGUUCACGGGUAGCUUUCAUAGGGUUCAUCCAUUUGACUAACCUUGAACUGAACUUAUCCAUCACCACCUGUUCUACUCUUGAGCGUGGCUUUAAAGUUGAAACCAUGUAUUGCAUUCGUUGUAAAUUGUAAAAGGAAAUUGGGUGAACAUGUCUGGGCAAUACACUUCAAUACGUUUGUUUUUUCAACCCUUUAAGGGCACGUUUUAAUUUGCUGUUACCGGCCUACACACAAUACCCCCAUAAUGUCAAAGUGGAAUUAUGUUCUUAGAAAUGUUUACUAAUUAAUUAAAAAGGAAAAACAACUUGCAGACGUG